AUGCCAAGCUCGGCGCGGAGCUGGGGCUCGCUGCUGGCCGAGGUGCCCGGCCGCGCAGGCCAGCCCGGGUCAGAGUCGGCGCAGCUCCGCUCCCCUGGCCGGCGAGCAGCACGCCCGAUCGGCCCAGCAGCCUCCACGGCCGCUUCGGCAGAUCGGUGCUGGCAGCAGGCCGUCGGCGUCCUGCGCAGCAUGCAGCAAGGCCGAGUACGGCUGGACGUCGUCAGCUUCACCUCCGCGGUCGCCGCGUGCGCGCGCGGCGCGAAGUGGCGCGGGGCGCUGCGGCUGCUGUGCAGCAGCAUGCCGCGGAGCAAGGUGCCGCCCAACGCGGUCACCCUCAACGCGGCCAUCGCUGCCUGUUCGCGAGCCGGGCGUUGGGCGGUGGCGCUGUGGCUCGUGGCGGACAUGGCGGCCAGGAGGCUCGGGCCCGACCUCGUGUCGCACAACGCGGCGACCAGCGCGCUGGAGCGGACCGGAGGGUGGGCCCUCGCGGGCGCCCUGCUCGGCGCCGCGCGGCGCGCCGGUCUGCACCCGGACGUGGCAAGCUUCAAUGCGUUCCUCGGGGCAUGUUGGUUGCACGGUCGGUGGGCUUUGUCACACUUCGUGCUCGAAGACAUGAGCUACUGGCAGGCACUACCAGACAGGGAAUCCUUUGGGGCGCUGACUGCAGCCUGCGCCAGCGCACAGCAGUGGCGCCUGGCGUUAACAUGUCAGACCUCGGCGCGGGAACGCUGCGGUGGUUUGGACCCUCUGAGCUGUGCUUCAGCUGCACGCGCUUGCAGCAGCUCUGGUCAAUGGAGGAGGCUGCGCGAGCUCCUGGCCCGGCUGCGGAGGGGGGGCGGGCGCGCCUGCCACGGGAGGCGAACGCCCACGGCCAGCGCGGAGGCCGCUGGGGCGGCGCUGCUGCAGGGUCACGGCGCGCUGCCCGCCGCGGCCGAGAGGGCGUGUCGCCGUGGCUGUGCGGCGCCCUGGGCGGCGCUGCGGGGCGCGGCGGGUGCCGGCGCCGGAGCGUCUUGCCGCAACGCUGCCACAGACCAUGUGUGA